AGGAAAAACAUAAAAAAAGGGAACGCAACGAUGCGUUUAAAGUCGAUAAGAAGCAGCAAUGGGUAAUAGGACAGGAGAGUGCGUGUUCUUCAUUCGUCGUUCCUCAGAUUGAAAGCUUUUAACUUUACACUCACAUGGAAUACCUAAUAGAUCCGCUGUAGAAAUAUCGCUUCUCACUGCUCUUCAUCUCAAUGGAAACUAUUGUUUUUAUACAAUCUUCUUUCUUGGGUUGCUUUUCUAUCUGCAUCAAUGUACGUCAAACGUUUGAUUACAUGCAAGGGCAAUUUAUGAAUUGGAGUGUCUCAAUCUUCAACAUUAACUAUGGUCAAGGAUAAAGAAGAAAAAAUUGCUUGUGUGAUUGGUGACCGAUUAACUAGUGAUGUUAUUGUGAGGCUACGCACUCCGGAAGGUCGAGAUGAUUGGCUAUAUUGCCACUCUGAGACUCUUGUAAAAAAUUGCAAGUACUUUGCGGAUAGGUUGUCUGAGAACUGGCCAACAUGUCAGAUCCUUGAUUCGCGCAAUUGUGUCGAUAUCUAUUGCCAAGAGUUGGAUUUUGAUUACCAUGUAAAUCUUAUACGUCUUCUCUACAUUGUCAUAGAUGGUUCAGUUGAUGAUUUGUGGCAUGGUGUUAGAAAUGCCCUUGGCAUUCUCCAGGUCGCAGUUGAACUUGGAUGCCCGCAGAUAAUAACUGCAUGUGUGAACUACUUAGAAGCUGUUACAUGGGAGGAGGCUGAGGAGGAAGAGAUCUUGAGAAUUGUACCUCGAAUGGGAUUACAGGCUGAACCUAUCCUAGCUAGACUUCAACCAGUUAAGCAGUCUGCUAUCAUAAAUAUCUUUGUCUCUGCUAUCCGUUUUUCUACGUCAUCCCCAUCCCCAAAUAUGAAUGAUCUUAAAUCUUCAGCACAAGAGCAACUUGAGUACAUGCUAACUGAAGAUGACGAUGCCCCUUUAUUGACAGCUGAUGACAACAUAAAAGUCGAAGUAAAAGAAUGUGUAAACAGACUAUUUGCCCGGUUUAUAGAAUCGGUAACAGCUUUUUUCUCCGGUACUACAGAGUCACUCUCUGAGGCGGGAAAUGUUCAGUUGUUUCAGUCCUAUCUGACUGAUUUGUCGUGGGCCUGUCAGAUAUUGAGUAAGUUGGAAAUAAUGAGAGAAUUCGUUGAGUAUUGGUCCGAUGCUUCAGAAAAAAUUGUCAAGGUUCUUGAACAAGGAAGUUCUACAACUGAAGUCAUUGAGAUAAAGUUAAGAGCUGUUGAGGUGACAUCAAAGGUUUUAGAGGCAAUUGGUUAUGGCACUGUUAUAUUGCCAACAGCAAAACGCCUUCAAGUUUUGAAAGUGUGGCUUCCGUUUGUAAGGGUUACUAAACCAUUGAUUGAUUCUGUUACAACGAAUUGUGAGAAUGCCAUUCUGCUUAAAUUAGAUGGCGAAAUGUGGCAAUCCCUAGAAUCCACCUUUGUAUCUAUAAUUCUUGCAUUGCCAUCUGGGGAUCAGGCAGAUAUCUUAACCGAGUGGCUGGAUAACGAGUAUAUGCAGUAUCCAGACUUAACUGAGGCAUUUGAAGUAUGGUGUUAUAGGUCCAAGGUUGCUAAAAGAAGACUAUCAUUGGUAGGGGAUGAGCAUGCCAUGACCAACUCAUUUUGAGGCUUUCACAAAUUCUGUUAUUUUAUAUUACACUACUAAUCCAAGAUCUUGUCAAGGCGUUUCGAAGAAAUCAUCUCUUUUUUCACAUGAAUGGAAUUUUUUGUUGGAGGCAUUUAGAAUCUCCAUAUCUCAACAAUUCAAUGUAAA